GCUAUUCGUCCGAAUCUGUAUUUUAUUAUACGCAAACUACGAUUGCCGAACUCGUCAUUCGUUCAGCUGAAUAAUAAGCGGGUUAACCGGCGAACUGAGUAUAUAGUCUCUACCACUGUUUCAUAGUUUCCUUUGAGCACCACACGGCAAAAAAAAUACAAAGUGUAAAAAUGUUUGUACAAACCGCCUCACGUAUCGCUCCAGUUGCAAGAACCGCUAUCAGCGGAUCAUUCAUGCGACCAUUGAGCAGUGCUGUCAUCAGCCAAAGUCAAACAUUAGCUGCUCAAAACACAACUCCAGUGGCCCUUCUCCCACAAAUGCGGUCAUUCCAAACUACAGCCGUGACUCGCGAUAUCGAUUCAGCUGCUAAAUUCAUUGGUGCUGGUGCCGCUACCGUUGGUUGUGCUGGCUCAGGUGCUGGUAUUGGAACAGUUUUCGGAUCUCUCAUCAUUGGUUAUGCCAGAAAUCCAUCACUUAAACAACAACUUUUCUCCUAUGCCAUCUUGGGAUUCGCUUUGUCCGAAGCCAUGGGUCUUUUCUGUCUCAUGAUGUCGUUCUUGUUGCUCUUCGCUUUCUAAGGAAUUCAUCAUUAGUUUUCUAAUUCAACAACAAUACAAAACAAAACAUAAAAAAAAAACAGAUACAAAAAAUGAAUUAAUAUGCAUCCAACAACAGAAAACAACUACAAAUGAGAAAUUAACAAAUUCGCAAAAACAAAAAAAAUUGCAAGAAGAAGAAAAAAAACUGAAUUCAGAGAAAUGAUCCAAAUCAUCAUUGGACCGUUUUAGUAGAUCGCGUGGACAUCGGCAGAGGCGGAAUGAACGGGAUACAAAAGUCAGAUACUGUCAAAUGUAAACCGUUUUUCUUUUAUUUAAACGAAUUCGAUAUUUGUUCAAAUUCAGCCUGUUAUUUUCUGUUUUAAUUCAAUUUAAACCUGAAUAAAAUGAGAACCGAUUCGAAAAGAUAGCACAAUUGACGCCGUCUAUAAUUCAAAUUCCAAUUAAACAGCAUGCGAAUCACACAGUA